GAGGAGGAAAAAAAUUCAGGAUCUGGAAGCGGAACCAAAAAUAUUAUGAUGAUUCUUUGUGCUUUAAUCUUUUCACCAGUUUCUCCAGAUGCCACGUGGAUACUGGAAGCUUAAAAGUCACAGAGUUAGUAGCCCUAGAUGUCCUUUGUCAUUUGAACAAAAUGAGCAGACAAAAUGUAUGUCUAAAAUUGAAGGACUACUUUCUUCUGUUUUUGGAGCAAGACUGACAAACAACUGUGCCGUGUCUGUAUCAUCUGUUUUUUUUAAAAAAAACAUCUUUCUUUUUAUGGUGGACUGUUAUUGCCGACCAGGGCUUAUGUGACACGUUGUGAGCCUGCUGUUCAACUGAGGGCAAGAUUAUACUAACUGAACUGGACAAGGAUGCUGACUUUCUCAAAAACAACCUCCAGCCUGCGGCAGCAAGCAAGCUCUUGAUUUAAGACUUCUUCUGUUCCAUCUCAGAUGUCAGGACUGCAAAACAACACCAACUGUUAAAAGGAUGGUGCACAGAAGCUUGGGCUCAGCCUUGAGGACGAGGACAAAAACAAUUGCUUUCCCUUUGAUGACUUGAAUGACCAACUCUCUCUAAAAGACUAAAAGGACUAAAAAUCUGGGGCAGCAUUCGAAAUUCAAACAAGAGUUAUGAGGCGGGAUGUUUGGAAUAACUGUUGGCAACCUUAAGAAACACCUAGCCAAGACAACAGCUUUGACUCAAACAGAGAGUGGACCUCUACCCUGGUGAAACUCUGGCUUCUCUGAUUCCCAAGCAAAGCAUCCUGACGGCACAAUGCUGUGUGCUCAGGGUGUGGCCGCACCCCUAAUGCUGAGCUCUCUUCUGCUGCAGCUAGUCAGAGCCAAUCUACCUUCCGGCUGCCUGAUUGCAUCUGAUAUCCUGAGCUGCACCAACCUUGGGCUCGACCAAGUCCCGGAAGAGUUACCUGUAAUGGUCGCGACACUGGACUUCAAUCACAACCGCUUAGAACGCCUUGAGGAGGGUGGCUUCGCUGGUCUGCCCAAUCUUGACACCGUACGGUUAGCCCACAAUCAGCUGAGCAGACUCACUCCUGGAACCUUUCGGAAUACAAGCAACAUACGCCAUCUGGACCUUUCCUCCAAUCAACUGAACAUUAUAGAGGAGCACUACUUUCAAGAGUUAGUAGGAAUAAAGGAGUUACUCCUUUACAACAACCAAAUAGUGAGGGUAGAAAGCAAAGCCCUGAGUGGUUUGAGCAACCUACAAAAAGCCUACUUAAGCCAUAACAGACUGACAGAUUUCCCCUUCUUUUCUAUUCAAGAACACGCCAAUCUCACGACUCUGGAUCUAAGUUCGAACCGUAUGCCCAACCUUCCCGUCAAAGACAUCGAAGCUCUAAAGGAAAAGAUACAGAAUGGGUUGUUCCUGCACAACAAUAGCCUAAUUUGUGAGUGCUCCAUGUACGGCCUGUUUAAACAAUGGGAGUACAGAGGUUUUACCUCAGUGACAGAUUUUUGGGAGGAGCAUACUUGCUUGAUUUACGGUGAGCAACGUGCCAUGGUGCGUUUUCUCAAGCAUGUACGAUACUUUGAGAAUUGCAAAAUAAAACCUCCAGUGAAGAAAAUUAGCAUGGAGGCAUAUGCUGGAGACUCAGUGAUGUUAGAUUGUAUAACAUCAUUAAAGGGAAAACAUCUCAACUAUUCAUGGGUAACCAAAACUUAUGGAUACAUCGCUCCUCCUUUUAGUAACAAUAUGCUGCAAAUGCAUCCGAACGGUUCUUUGGAAAUCUUGGCAGUACAAACAAACGACUCUGGGGUGUACUUGUGCAUGGUUCAAAACCAUCAGGAGUCAAGCAACGAUUCUCUUGAAGUUAAUGUAACCGUGCAUACCCGCCGUCAAGACAGCGAACCCUUUAACACUGGCUUUACGACCCUUCUGGGCUGCGUUGUUAGUUUGAUUUUGGUCCUUAUGUACCUCUUCUUGACACCCUGUCGCUGCUGGUGUCGCAAACAGCCUAUACCAGCAACACCGAAUCUUGCGAACGAAUGCAGUGCCCAGUCGUCUAUCCUGACACCCACGCCACCUGCCACGGAGGGCCCAGGCCGUAAGGUCAGUAACAACAAGCAUGUGGUCUUUCUGGAACCCAUCAAGGAGGCACAGAAUGGGCGGCUGCAGGCAGCACUGGCUCUUGAUUAUCCCAAGCUGGCCGUAACACGGAGCGAUGCUGACUCGGUCACUUCCGUCUUCUCAGAUACCACUAUAGUGCCAUAGCGGCUGCUUACUGUCAUCCCAAUGACCAGCUCAAACGAGCACUUGGGUCCUUCAACAUGUCAGUCUGCAACUGCACAGCUACUCAGGACAGAUCAGGGAGUUGGCUUUGCAAGCCCAUAACAGGGAGCAGGACAGAGCAGAUGCAAUCAUAGAAAAGAGAGAUAUAAAAAGGCAAAAAGAUGGAGCAAAGCGCUCCCAAGAAUCAGCUUUAAGCCACGACUGAGUCACGACGGUACGAGAGGAAGGAAUUGGUUUGAAAGUACAAAAGCUGAGAAGGGUAAAAUGCUUUGCCUUUACCACUGCUUGAGCCUUGAUAGAUUCAUAUGAAUGCUUUGUCUAGAGCCUAUAACCCACUGAAUACUGCAUAAACCCAACUCUACUCUAGAAAUAGCAUGAAUGACAUGAAGGAGAAUGACAAGUGCAUACUGGAUUUCUAGUUUUUUUAUAUACUAGAAUAUAACUAGAAUGUUUUUUUUAGACGUCCUUUGUAUCCCUGUGUUUCAGACUGGCAAUUUGGUGAGUAGUUAGCAGCAGCAAUCAAUUUUUGUAAGGGGUCAUGCCCACUUUGCAAAUGUAAGGGUUUGGGCAAGAGAAAAUGCAUCUAUAAAAUUGGAAAUGGUUGUAAAAAAAGACUUGCAGCUGUGCAAAGUGGUGCUCCUAACUUAUCCAAAUUGAUGUGGAUAUCAGACAGAGGUCACAUCUCAUCCUUAGUAUGAUUAUAAAUUGAAAUGGAUGAAUUUUAAUGAAACGGAAUCUGUUAAAAAGUACAUUCCCCUCUCCUUAAGCAUUCCAUGUUUCCCCUUGCCACCCACCCCUCCCCUUCCACAAACCCCUACUUUGUUGGCUUCUUAAUAAAUCCUUUUGCUUCGACCCGA